AUGUCUCUUUUCCAACGGGCGCCGUUCGAGAACUCGGCGGCUGGGAAUGCGCUCAGGGCGUUCUAUGCCGACGGCACGAGCGGGAGCAAUGGCACAAAGGGGAGUGGCAACUCCAUCGUAGGAAUUGACGGUGGAACAUUGGGGCCGGGAGUGCAGACAGCGUCAAUUUCAUCGAGCGAAGAUUUGAGUGUGGGCGCUGUGGGGUUGGUGAAGGUGGUGGAGACGGCGUUGGGUGCGAUUGGUGCGGUUGCUGGGUGGCUGCUGUAG